AUGUACUCGUCGUCGCUCUGUGUGCCUACUUAUAUGCACACACUCAGGACAGUCUGUCCUGUGCGGUCUGACAGAGCUCACGACGUCGUGCUCACUUGGAAGCCUACGGCGCUUUUUUAA